CGUAACCACCUAGUCCCCACAGCCUUUCUUUUAGACAUAUAUCUACCUCAUCUCCAUAACAUAGACACCGAAUAGUAUUUACACCGUUUCUUUUAGACUACUUCCUACCUCUCAACAACCACAAUGCCCAAAAUGACCUACACCUCCCCCAGCUCCUCCCCCCACCCCAUCCGCCCCCGCCUCAUCAUCCACGGGGGCGCAGGCAACAUCCUCCCCUCCAACCUCCCCCCCUCCGACCACCACGCCUUCACCACCGCCCUCCUCCACAUCCUAGCCCGCACGCACGCCUACCAAACCACCACCCCGCUCCCCACCGCCCUCGACGCCGCAACCCACGCCGUCACCCUCCUCGAGAACUGUCCGCUCUUCAACUCAGGGCACGGCGCGGUAUUCACCCGCGAUGGGACGAAUGAGCUCGAGGCUUCGGUUAUGGUGUCGAGGGGGCUGAAGAAGAGGGGUGUGGGGGUUAUGGGGUUGAGUAGGGUGAGGAACCCAGUGCAGCUUGCAAGACAGAUGUUGUUGAGAGGGGAGACGGAUUUGGAUUCUGGGAACGGGGAACACCGCGGCCCUAUGGUCGCAGACGAAGAGGGGGUAUUGAUGAAAGCCAGCGGCGCACAAGGGCACUCCCAACUCUUCGGCCCCGCCGCCGAGCGUCUGGCCAAAGAAUGGGGUGUUGACCUCGUCGAGACUUCGUACUUCUUCACGCAGAAGCGGUGGGAUGAACACGUCGCCGGACUAGACCGUGAAAAGCGCGGCGGCUGCGCGACAUGGGAUGCGGAGUCGUUUGUGAGCCAGGGGACGUGUGGGGCAGUGGCGCUAGAUGCGGAGGGGGUGGUUUGCGCGGCUACGAGUACGGGGGGGAUGACGAAUAAACUCGCCGGGAGGGUGGGGGAUACGCCGACGCUGGGGGCGGGGUUUUGGGCGGAGGAGUGGGAGGGAGUUGUUAGAGGCGGUGGGGGGGGAGGGGCGGUGGUGGAGUUGGAGGGGGCGUUGAGGGGGGUGUUGGCGGAUUGUUUUCCAGGGUGGGGGGGGUAUGGGUAUUUGCCUUUGGGUAGUGAGGGGGUGGUGGAGAGGAGGGGGGAUACGGUGGUGAGGGCGAUGGGGAUGUCGGGGACGGGGAAUGGGGAUUCGUUUUUGAGGGUUAAUGCUGUUAGGACUGUGUCUGCUAUUGCGAAGUAUAGGGGGGAUGGAUCGACGACGUCGUUGGGUGAGGCGUUGAGGGAGGUUACGGGGCCUGGGGGGGAGUUGCAGAAGAGUGCUGGGAAGAGGUGGAAGAAGACGGGAGAGGGUGAGGGGGGUAUGAUUGGGAUUGAGUGUGCUGUUGUUAAGGGCCCUGAUGGGGAGGUUAGGGGGACGAAGGCGUAUGUGGCGGCGGAGUAUAAUUGUGGUGGGAUGUUUAGGGCGACGGUGAAUGAGGACGGGAAGGCUGUUGCGAGGGUUUGGAAUGAAGGCCAGUAUGGGGGCCUGGAAGGGUAUGAGAAUGAAGGGAAAGAGCAUGACCCAAGGGAUUUGAAAGGGGAGAAAGCUUGAAAGAGAACUGCAUGUCACGCCGGUUGAAACUAUGCUAUACAUAGAUGCCAUAGAUAUAAGUUUCGAAUCUGAUUUCAUUAUCUUUUUAG